AACAUUGUCUUUUUUGUGACUAUGAUAAACCAAUGACUUUAUUUGAUAAUAUGAUAAAAGUGUUUGAUAUUUUUCUAUACUUUUUUGUGUGACUGUGUUCACAGGUUAUUCUUUGUACGCAAAUUUUUAUAAUUUCGUUAGAUUUCGCGACCUAUGUCAUAAUAGGCACUUGGCCAAACACUUUUCCCAGGAUGAAAGUAAGCAUUUUAUUGGAAGCUUUGAUAAAUGUUGCAGAAAAGGGAGCAAAUAUAGCUAGAAUAAUACGCUCAGAAUCUUCACUUCUUGAACUUCUAGUUGAAGAAAAGAAGGGCGAACAAAAAAAUGAUAGAUUCUUAAAAGAUUUUAAGACGCUUGCAGAUGUAUUGGUCCAAGAAGUUGUAAGAUAUGACCUUAAAAACAAGUUUCCAGGCAUCAAGGAAAGUAUAUAUGGAGAAGAGAGUAACAAGUUUACUAAUACUCUAGGAGAUAGUGUUGUUGUAGAAAUACAAGACACUCCAGAGGAAACUAGGAAUUUACUCAGGAAGGUAUUGGAUGAUAAUGAAAAGGCAGCACAUAUUUUGUCCAAGGUGAUACAUCAGGAUGUGGCAGUGUCAAACACUAGUAAAGUUCCUGAUAUUGACCUGGCUAUAGAAAAUAUAGGAGUUUGGAUUGAUCCUAUAGAUUCGACUGCCCAGUAUAUUCAAGGUGAUGUAGGAAAUGAAGUAGAUGGUCUAGUCAAUGAAGGAUUACAGUGUGUAGCUGUCCUGAUUGGUGUAUAUCAUAAAAGUACUGGACUGCCCCUUAUAGGUGUCACUAAUCAACCCUUCUAUAAGUUACAAGACUCGAGAUGGAGCAGUAAUAUCACAUGGGGAGUUUGUAUUGGUGACACAAAGAUCAAUUCACUAGAGGAAUCUAGCACUAGCGAAAAUGAAUCUGAGAAAACUGUUCUGAUAAGCUCGAGUGAGUCGGAUGAGGUGAAGGAUAAACUCGGUAAAUGUGUCACUCUACGAGACAUAUCUGGUGCCGGUUACAAAUUACUCGGUGUUUGUCAGGGUAGGGCAGAAGCUUAUCUUCUUACAAAAAGUAGUAAUUACAAGUGGGACUGUUGUGGACCUCAUGCUAUCUUACUAUCACUUGAUGGCGGGAUCAUCAAGUAUUCUGAUUUUUAUAACCAUGUUAAAUCUGGACAGAAUGAUUUCAGAGGAAUUGAACAAGUUAAGUACCAUGUACCGGAUGAUGCUAGUAGUUCCGGAGCACAGAAAUGGUGUAACCAAGGAGGGAUCAUUGCCUAUAGGACUUCUCAAAUACUCAAAAGAAUUGCAGAAGCUGUUGGAGAAAUGUGAUUUGUUCUUGUUACCAUAGUGAUUUCAAAUACAUGUAACACAGCAGAGAGCUAUUAGUUUCUGUAGAUAUCUGGGGAUUGGUAGGAAUUAGAAUGUUCUCAUACCAGGUAGCUAUUUUAAGUUUUAUACUUGGACUAAAUAACAAAAAUUUUAUUGUUGAGGAUUUAUGUAAUUGUUUUGGAUUGUCCUGAAAAUAUAUAAACAUACAGAGGUAAGAUUGUUAUUUGAAUUGUUCUCUAGUGGACCCUUUAUAUUAGCUUGUUAAUGUAAAUAAGAAAAAAUACAAAAAAAAAAAAUAUUUUUCAAUAUUAAAAAAUAGCAUGAAUCUUGUAUACAUGCAUAUAAUAAAUUAUCUCAGUGCCUUUAGUAUUAUUAUAUAAUAGCCUUGCAAGACUUCCUGUUCUUAUAAAUGAAAAGACUUUCUUUACCUAAAUUUUACACAAAUUAACACAUUGCUAGUAAAAAUUGAAAAUUGCUAGUACACUAAGUUUUUUUGUACAUUGUAACAUCUUACAAAUACUGAGAUAGCUAAAUGGUUUAAUAGAUAUUUUUCAAUAAAUCCAACAUUGAACUAAAUAAGCAAAGGAAUUUAAUAGGAUAUUAAUCCAGAGCCAGGGUUAUUUUUUUGUGAGUUGUGAUUCCAUGUGUUCACAUAACUGUGCAAGUACCUAAAAUGUUAAAUUCAAGCUCAAAUUUCAUUUUAUCAUGUGCAUAAAUUUUCAAAUAAGUUUUAAAAAUUUAAAAGUCAAUUUGAAAAGGAAAUGCCAUAAAUGUUGUGUUUUUAUUCAGUUCAGCUAAAAGGUGAAAUCAAUAAUUAACCCUUAUCUAUACAGAAAAAAAUACUUAGACCUACCAGUUAACAUAACACCAAUCUUUUGUAGAGGGAUGUUGGGGAGAUUAAAAUUUCUAUAUAUUUUACAUACCGUAUAUAUUUAACAAGAAGUAUAGAUACAUCAUGAAAAGAAUUGCAUCUUUGCAAUGAAAACAAAUUAAAAAGAGAAAAAAAGAAAGAAAUUACAAUGUUUGAAAAAAAAUCGUAUCUAUGUUUUAAUUAAACUGUGGAAAAGGUAAUUCUCUUGUUUCUGUCAAUUUGUUGAUAAUGAAUUGAAAUAUGCCAUAGUAAUUGUAUUUCAUUCAUGUAAUUAUAGAAUUUAUUUAUGCUACAGGGUGCAAUCAACCAAAAUUUUACUUUUUGUUAAAGUUGCAAUUUGUAUACAUUGAGUUAUACACGGUAGAAGUUCAUUCUUUUUCUUAAAAUAUUAUUCAUAUUUUUACAUUGACCAAUUCUGUACACUAGCAUAUUUUGUGUUUACUUUUGAUUCAUUCAUAAAAUUAUGCCUUCCUUAAAAACAAACGUACAGCACUAUUUAAGGAGCUCCACUAAGGUCCAAAAUGCCUAAAAACAUAAAAUUUUAAUUUCUUACAUAGAUCAGCUAGGGCACCUAAAACAGAAAGAUAUUCUAAAGAUAAUUAAGACAUAUUCUCAGAAAUAAAUUGAAAAUCAUAUUUGUGUGCUAUUCUUCGCUUAAUUUGAGUUAAAGGCAUUGCAACACUUUUCAGUUUUGGGUAAUUUUCACAAUUAGAAUAAUUUCUCUUUAAAAAAAAAAUCGAAGUGGACAAAAGAUUUGAAAUUUUGCGCACAAGUAUUUAUUGAUCUAGAACUAAAUCAAAUGGAACAUUAAUCUGGAAAAAUUAUUUCCAGACCUGUAUUGUCAAAAACACAUCAGUGGAGUCCCUUUAAUUCAUUUCAUUUUUGUCUCGAAAAAUAUAUAUAUAUUUUAAUUACUUAAACACUUUUGAAUGCUAUACACUGGAAUAACAUUCCUGUAAUGCAGAUAUGAAGCUGUCGGUCUGUAACUUAGGUUUAUAACUGUAAGUACUAUGUUUCAAUAUUUCGAUAUUGAAAUCUACUAUAGGAUGCUGGAGCGUAGUUAAGUCCCAAUGUCAUAAAACAUUUUUUUAGUAUGUGAAAUAUUUUAUCGAUAUACAAGAUAGUUGGGUAUGUAUUUAAUUAUUCAUGUGUGCUACACAUCUUAAUUUGAAGAGAUCAAGAGAUAUAGGUUCCUUCCAAUUUACUUUUUUAAGGACAAGCAAUCAAUGAUUUAAAUGUCAGUGGACUAUUCAGAAUUAAAAGCAUGGUAUAUUCAUUAUACAUUUUUUAGCUGAGAGAGAAUUGUUGGUAAAGGAACUUUGCAGACAUUCUGUGUCAUGUUGUUUUGUACACGAGUCUGGUCUAAGUAUUAUUAUUGUUUUGUUAUUUGUUUUUAUUGUUGUUUUUGAUGCAGAUUUGAUUGUCCAGUGUUAUUGUUAAACAAGGAUAUGAUGUAUAUAAGUUCUAUGUUCCUGACUUUACAUAUCAAAAAGGUAAUGAUUACUAAAGGCCUCAAUAGCUCGUUGGGCUAGAUAGAGUUAACAGGACAUAAACAAGCAAAUUGUAAUGUGUGAAGGUCAUUAGUUUUUGAAUUUGUGAAACUGAAUAGAAGAUUGAGUGACUAGAUUUACAGGAUAGGACACGUUUUUCUUUUGCAAUAUAUGUACAGGUCUCCCACAUUGACAAGUAAUAGACUUCCAAAUUAUCCCCCAAUGUGUGUAAUGAUUGAAAUUCCAGAACAGUUAUGGUUUAACUGUAAAAAGAGUGAAUUGAGGUUGCAAAAAAAGGAUGUAGAAAAAGUCAUUGGGAGCCAUUUUGUUCGAUGUUUGAAUGCCAAUUUACUCAAAAAAGGAUAAAAACUGAGAAGAUAAAAAAUAUAGAAGAAUUUCCUUGUUUGGAUCAUUUGUCAUUUUUCACUAUAUAAUAAGACCAGAACACAGAACAGGCUUUAUUAAGGGACUUAGUUAUUCCAGUUGUACAUGGUAAUAAUUUUCUAAAUGCUCCCUUCUUGUUAUCCAUGGCCUAACCUAUUGUCUACCUCUUAAACAAACUCACUAACAAUUAUAACAUGUACAUAUAUACCAGUAAUAAUUCUCAGUUCUUCAAGGGGUUCAUUUGAUGGGAAAUGUCAAGGAGGGAAACAUAAUGAUUUAUGUAAAUUAAUAUAGGAUUGGUCUGAACGCAAGUGUUUUAUUGCUUUGACAAUUGUAGAUCUUAUCAAUUUGUGUUAUACAUCUAAACUUCUGAUAAAGUAUUAAAUCAGUCUGUUGACAAGAUCUCAUUUUUACAAGUUUAAGUUGUAUUGAAACUUUUCAUUUUUAAACCAAAAGAAAUAUAUAAAAAUAAUAGCACAGUAAAAAUUAUCAUUCAGCCCCUUUGAGUUAGCUAUGGAUAAAUAGUAAAACUCUCUGUUUGUAUAUAUUCUAUCUUUAUAUUUUAAUGUGAAUUUUAACACUUAUAAUGGUAUAAUUUCUCUGCAUACAUAAUGUAUUGUACUUUGUUUUUAAAAUACCACUUCAUGUAAAUGCUUAAUGUGCCCUCUCUGCUUUUGUAUAAAUGUAUAUGAUCUAAACUGUAGGUCUGAAACAUAACCCCAAAAACAUUUUUCAUAUAAUUAUGUUAAAUUUUUCAGACACUUUAUUUACAUUAGUAUUAUUUAACAUACAACUCAAUUCCCAUGCCAAUCACAAUUUUUAUUUGAUUUGAGUAGAUCUCAGUAGAUGCUAAGACAAUUUGAACCUUCAUGUUUAAAUUUCCGUGUAUAUGAAGACUAACACUUAAUCUGCAGGAACAGAAAGUGAUAAGUCUUUGCCACCAGUAUAGUCAGGUCACCUUGUACAUUUGUGUAGACGAUACACUUUUCUGACCAACAUCAUACCUGUAUUUUUAUCUUGAUAACCCAAAUAUUGAUAAUGGACAGUUCUGAAAAUGGAAACUUUUUAAAUGGAAGUCUUGUUUUUUAAAAUGCAGCAUGUUAAGGGUUUAAACACAAUUAUGACAUGACAUGAGGCUUGAUAUGAUGCAGAACAUGUAUAUAUAGAAAAUUGUAUAUAAUUUUCUUACCACAGUAACUAGUUAAAUAUUUCAGUGUUUUGUCCCAUCAUUGUGUUGUCCAUUCAAUCAAUGUCUGUUUAUGUGUAUUAUCAUAGAUUGUUUCACAAUGCAAAAGUGGCUGCCAUUUUUUGAGGGUCAUAGGGUCAUAAUGCAAUAUAUUUUUAUGACAAAAUAUUUCUAGGGAUUGUCAAAUUCCAGGUAGCAUGAUGAUGAGAGAAUUGUGAGAGAUUCUUUUAUCUAAUUUUAAGCAUCAUUGGUUAUAUGUAUGUACCGUGAUGUAGUAUGUACGUAUUAUACUGUACAUAACCAAUGAUGCUAUAGUAUGUAUAUUGGGAAUGACCUAAAAUGGUGACAUAGGCGAGUUAGUGACAUAGGGGAGUUAAUUAAUGUGAAAAGCAUAUUGUUCAUUUUAGUAAUGCAUUUCUUGUGUAGUUUUCUAUUGUGUACUUUUAUUGAUAUAUAGUUUAAUUGGAAAUUUUGCACAUUGAACUUGUAGGAUAUGUUUAUGUUAUUGUUGAAAUCAUUUAUUACAUGUUACUGCUUUGUUAGUAGAUGUUACACUCUAGUCUUGUUAUUGCAUAUAGCUUGUUGUUUUAUUUUAUAAUCAAGAAAAAAUGUUCUGUGUAUUACUUGAAAAAUUUAGCUGUAUUUAGUCAGAAGAAUAAUUAGUGUUUGGUGUGAAAUGGUUGUUACACAAAGAAUGUAAUAUUUUCACACAAAGCCCACAAUUUUUUUUUUUAUUUUGACAAGGAUCUCUUAAUUAGAAAAUUGCACCGAAAAUGAAAAAUUCUAAAUGAAAUAUAGACUAAAGCUACAUACCUUGAAUAAUUUAUUGUUUUGCAUUAUAUUUGUUCUCAAAUCUUGUAUGUUGCAUUAAACAAAUCACUUGAAAUUGCAUCAAAUGUAAACCGUGUUUUUGUCCUUCAGGUAAGAGAUCAAAUUUACUAUAGUGAUACUGCCAAUGCAUUUGUAUAAUUGUGUUGUUAUGUUAUUGUUUAUAUUUCAUCUUUGUAUUCUUUACUGAGUAAAGUUGUUGUACUAUA